UAAACACAAUAUUAUAUCCCACGUGUUGAACUGAAAAGAUACCGCUGCUCAAUACUCAUCCAUUAUACAAUUUAUAGAAAACUAUGAAUUAAUGGUGAUGUUAUAGUACAAGCAUUCUUUAAUAAAAAAUACAUUUUAAAGUAAAAAAUGACUAAUAACGAUUUUGCCAUGUCAUCAGAUGCAGAUUCAGACGAAGAGUUGUUAGAAUUAUAUGCAGCUGGUAAAUUAAAACCUGGUUUGAAUAUACCAGUAAAUCAGGACAAAAAGUUCAUUAACAAUGUUGAUGGUUUAAAAGAAACACUUAGUUCAUUUCAAAGUAGUCUACCUUGGUCUGAACGACUUGACAUAGUUGCUGAAACUGCUCCAUUAGCUCCUGAGCUCUCAAUGGAGAUUACAGAACAACAGCAAUUUUUAAAAGCAGGGAAAAUUGAUGAGGUAGCAUUAAACGAUUUUAAACGGGAAACUAUGUUUCACCGUCAAGCCCAAACUGCGGUAAUGUGUGGUAUUGAGUUGCUACAUAAACACAGUAUACCAACACAUCGUCCACAAGAUUAUUUUGCAGAAAUGUUCAAGUCUGAUAAACAUAUGCAAAAGGUGCGCCACGAACUUCUUCAAAGAAAGGUAGCUCUAGAGCAAACAGAAAAGGUUAGGCGUAUACGACAGGAAAAGAAAUUAGCUAAAGAAAAACGAGUGGCAGCUGUGCAAGAGAAACACAAACAAAAACGUGACCUUAAUGAAAAUAUCAAAAAGUUCAGAAAAGGCUUAAGAACUGAUUUGGACUUUUUGGAAGCUGAUGGCGGCAAGAAAAAUAAAAAGCAAGAAAGUGUCAAAGAAAAUAAAAAAAAUCUCUCGAGAUCACAACACAAACGAAAAGGUAAAGAUGUCAAGUAUGGAUUUGGUGGGAAAAAAAGAGGAAUGAAAAACAACACUACGGAAAGCACAUUUGGUGGCAGCAGUAAAUCAAAAGGCAAGAAUAGGGGUAGCAUAAACAAAAAGAAAAGGAUGUCAAUGAAAAACAAAUAAAACUGUAAUCAUAAAUGUUUUUUGUGAUAGUUUUAUUCAAAACUAAAUCAUUUUCGUACGAUCAUUUUUUUCAUGUUAUGAUAAAUUUCCAGUUUAUAUCCUAAAUAAUAUUAUAAAUUAAUAUUAAUAUUUAAUUUAAACGGAAAAUGUUGAAAUACAACAAUAUGAUUUAAAUUACUUUUUUUAAAAAAAAGUUAAUAAAAACCAAUUUUAUAACA